GGAGGAUCGGGCGCCUGAAUGGGGUGCGGAGCGCCGCCGCCGCCAUCGCCGGGGCCGUUCGCGGUUCUUCUCUUGCUUCUCCCGAUCUCUUCGUGUGCCGCCGUGCCAUCGAGCGCAGCCCCGAGUUCUGCUACGGCCCCUUCGGUGACUAGCCGGGAUGGGGUCACGGGUUCGGGGCCGGAGACCGAACGAAGCACGGGCACAGGGCGGGCAGCAGAUAGUCCUCUGCCCUCUACUACCGGACCCAGCCAGGGUUUCCCAGGCAUCAGCGAGGAAAUCCCCACUGCGACAUCCAUCUCAAGUCCCGCUGGCCCCAUAGGUUCCAGCCCGCGCCCUACUUCGGAAGCCCCCAGUUAUAGCACCAUCUCGACAAGGACCCCCACGCCUUCGGGGGCAGUAGUUACCGAAGCGACUCCCCGAUCUGGGCCCUGGCCUGUGCCCGUGACCGACGUGGCUAAGUUGUGCGUCUGUGACCUCCUGGUGGAUCAGUGCGAUGUAAAUUGCUGCUGUGACCCCAUCUGCACGGCUGCAGAUUUCAGCCUCUUUACUACAUGUUCAAUUCCUGUUGUCAUAGGUGACAGCCAGUUCUGCAAGCAGAAAGCAGCUCUGUACUCAUUAGACACAGCAGUUCACCCUCCUGAGAGGAUAUUUCAAUUAGCCGACAAGGUCAACCCCAGCAUUUUCUGCGUUCAGGUCACCAACUACAAAGCUGCCUUGUACUUCCAAGAUCCAGAAAUACCCACUUCACAGAACUUCGAUAGGUUGCUUCAACAAUUUGGUGGGGGUACCUUUGGUACUGAAAAUGAUCUUGCACUGACAGUUGAAUCAGAAACCCAGCGUGCUGCUGAUGCAAACAGGACCAGCAGAUAUGAAUUUAAAGACCUUAUACAGACUUCCAGUGGCUUUCUGAGGUUUCCUGCUCCUCUCUUCCUCUCCUUGUGCACUCACAGUAACCCUGCAGGGUUUCUUAUGAAACAGGCUGCAAAAUGCAACACGUUGCUCGGGGGAGACAAGUGCACCACCCUCCCAGAGCUCAGCAUGGAGUCCUACAUCAAUUCCAGCAUCUUGGCUGUACCCAGUUCGAACCAAAUGGUGAACAUCACCAUCCAGUCCAUCACAGUGGAGACUCCAGAGGGGCUGCGCACGCGUCUGGGCGCCGUGGGUGCCCCUCUGCUCCCCAGAUUAAAUGGGAAGUUGUGCAGCAACUUGGUUCUUGAGGCGAGUUAUUUUAUCACCUUCACAGAGGCAGGCGAAAUAGUUGGCGCAGCGGUCUCUUUUGUCCUGGGGUCUGUUGACGUGGCAGCAUCUUCUGUACAGCAGGCUUUUGAGAUCCAUUUCAUUCAGAAAGGUACUCUGCCUGUUUCUCUCAGUGGAAGCCCUGGUUACGUUGUCGGACUACCAGUAAGAGCUGGAGUAAGGUCAACUGGCUCUGGAGUCAUUCAGAGUAUGAAUGAAGGCCACCUUACCAUGAUGAAAAGCACACACACUCAGGAUUGUUUAGCUGAGGAAGGAGUCCGAACUCCGGUAUUGUUUGGGUACAACAUGAUGUCUGGAUGCCAACUGAGAAUCGCCGAGGAUAUGGACUGCAGGCUCUUGGCCCCAGCACUCCUGAAUGCUCUGAAGGGCCCAGACUUCCCAGACUGUGUGGCCUCAUUUGGAGACUCCUUGCCCCAGAAUGGACUCGACUGGGUGCAGAUUUCCUACAACGUCACCAACCCGACGACCUGUGAAAUUCCUGUCUCGUUUGAAUUAGAAGUGAAAUGGACUAAAUACGGUUCCUUAGUUAACCCCCAGGCUAAGAUUGCGAGUGCCACAGCGACGGUAGGGACGGCUCCCUUGCCCCAGGUCGGUUCAGGAAGCAACAGCAGCAUCCAGAUACUCAGCUCCGUGUCUUUCGUCGAUGUCUCUGCUCCUGCUGAGCCCGGUUACAAAGCACAACCGACCUUCGAGGCCAAAUUGCCACUUGACUUUUUCUUUCCAUUUGUUUAAAACAAGCCUUGAUUCAGAGAGGCACCCUACUUCUUUGAGCCCUUUUGAACCCGGGCUGGGUUAAGCGAAGUGACCAGCCUGGUCCCCAGCCAAUUCUUCACUGCUGCCCUCGCAGGCGGGCAGGGAGGGCUCGGCAAGGCCCUCGGCAAAACCAGGCCUACGGUCCACUCUGCGCACCACAGAGCCCGCCUGCUGGCGAUCCCAGCGUUUCUCCGGCCAGGCUGUCCCCCUCUAGAGCCGUGGCACGCGCAUUCCUCCUCGUUCUUGUAAGAUGGGAGCGGCGGCUGCUCUCAGACACGGGGACUCUAACCUGCCUCUACAGCACAGCUCCACUUCCGUCCCGCUAGCCGGGCCGCACCGUUCCUGCUGGACUGAUUUUGCCAGCUUCACUGUUCGUCAAACCAUCACACCAAGCUCUGGUCCUUACCUCCAUUCUGUCUGCUGACAAGAGAGGUGGCUUGAUCCACAGCAGGCGGCUUUGCCCCACAAGGGCUUUACCUGGAUCGUGAUGGAGACAGGAGGUGGAGAGGAAGGAACAGCUUUGACCGGAACCACAGCUGGGCAUUUUCAUUUCCGAGAGCAUUAUUGGGCAUUCUUUCAUUUCAUUGAAAUAACUCUGUAUUUACAAAGAGUUUUCCUGCUCUGUGGAAUUCCUCUCGGAAUUGUCAGUGCAGCCAUUUCCCACCACCAUCAGCAGUCGCCUCUGUCAGUGGCAGCUUGGGCGUUUGAAAAAGAUGUCUGCUGGUGCUUCUGGAAGCAUUUUUAGUGCCUUGCUGCCGGAAGACGAGAAGCAGGAGAGGGCGGGAAGAGUGGCAAGGGGAUCAGCAGCUUCUGCGGGGCCGCGAACACCACGUCCAGCAGAAGCUCCAAGGCACAUGUGGGCCUCCCCUUUCUCCUACAGUGGUGACUUGCCGCUUUGUGAAACUCAUCAAGGUCCUCCUCCUAAAUGGAUACAUUUUAUUAAAUUAUGUUUUGCCUUUUAAACUA